AUGAGUAGAGGGGGGGAGGAGGGGAUUAGUUGCGUAUCGUUCAUCUGUAUUGGCCCACCAGCCCACGGUGAGGCUGUUUGCGAACUAUAUGUAUAUCGCGUGACUCCGUUACAUCACCUAAAGUCCGUUCCUUCCUUCAAAAUGGCAGCCGCUGAGGCCUUCCUAGUAGUUUGGAUAUCUAUCAUUUGGGUCACUGGCAUGGACUGUAAACACGAUCAUCCCGUUCCAACUUAUUUCGGCAAACUGCAUCCUAAUGGAACCAUUGUCGAUGCUCGAAACCCGGCAAAUAAACUUAGGUUCUCCUUUCCACUGAAACCGAUUACAACUCAAGAUUCUGGUGCUGUUUUGAAAGUGUCACCUUCAUUAGAGAUCAAAAACGGCGCGGAGGUGAACGUCAUGUGGUAUGGAGUUACUCUUCCAAAUAAAAAAGAUGUUGUUGGUCUUUACUGCCCACCGGAUGCCGAACCCGAUCUUUAUUUAGACUAUGUCAAUGUCAGCAGCAUUGCCACUUACUCGAAAGGUUAUGGCGAGUUUGGGGUUCGACUUUGGAAUUUAAGGAAGGACUGUGUAUUCAGAUACUACAGGAUUGGUAACUACUCGAUGCUUGUGGUACAAAGCAACGUUGUUACUUUCGAAGGAGGAGUAGAGAUACCACUGCAGGGCCAUCUAUCACUCACAGGCAACCCUACAGAAAUGAGAGUUAUGUGGGUGUCCGGCUUAAUGGAAACUUCUGUUGUAAAAUAUGGAACUGACCUGUCCGCUAUGUCUGAAGUGAUCAUGGGGAAUAUCAGUAAAACCUACACUGCUGCUGACAUGUGCAAUGCACCUGCCAAUGAUGUCAAUAACUUUGUUGAUCCUGGCUAUAUUCAUGAUGUUCUGCUGACUAACCUCACACCAGGAACAAAAUAUUACUACUCCUAUGGUUCAGUGAAGAUGAUGAGUCCCAUUCAGCAUUUUAAUACAGCUCCUCCUGUUGGUUCUGCAAAUAGGUUUACUGCCCUGGUUUAUGGAGACAUGGGAAUAUCCCCAAUACCUAGGGCAUACAAGACAGCAGAUUAUGCAACAGAAGAGGCUAACAAUGGAACUGCAGCCUUUGUAUUUCACAAUGGUGAUAUUUCUUAUGCUCGAGGAUUUGCCUACAUUUGGGAACAGUGGCAUGCAAUUAUUGAGCCCUAUGCCACUAUACUGCCAUAUAUGGUGGGUAUUGGGAACCAUGAGCAGGAUCAUUUGAAGGGAGGAUCCAAGGACCCCAGUGGGGCCCCUGGAGAAGGCUUUCAUCCCUGGUGGUCUGGGGGAUGGGGCUAUGAUUCAGGUGGUGAAUGUGGGGUUCCAAUGUACUACCGUUUCCACAUGCCUGAUAACGGAAAUGCAGUGUGGUGGUACAGCUUUGAUUAUGGCAGUAUCCACUUCAUGAUGAUGAGCACAGAACACAACUUUACACAAGGAUCUCGUCAGUAUGAAUGGAUGGAACAAGACUUAAAGAAUGUCAACCACUCUCUUACCCCUUGGGUAGUGAUCGCAGGACACAGAGCAAUGUACACAAGUCAGAAGUUGGAGGGAGAUUACAUCAUCUCCCUGGGCAUGCAGCAUGCAUUUGAAUCUCUGUUGUAUAAGUACAAAGUUGAUCUGGCCUUCUGGGCUCAUUAUCACAGCUAUGAGCGCACAUGUCCUGUCUACCAGCGUCAAUGCACCCCAGGAGCACCUGUGCACAUUGUUGUAGGGACAGCAGGGAAAGAGUUGGAUUUAGAGGAUUAUUUUCCUGUGAGCUGGUCACUGUAUCAAGAAAAUGACUAUGGAUAUGGCCGGCUGACUCAGGCAAAUCGCUCUGCACUUCUGUGGGAAUGGGUUGAAAAUACAAGUGGAAAGGUCAAAGAUCAAGUGUGGUUGACGAAGUGAUGAUCACUCUGAUUGUGUGUUACCCCUUGUUUAUUUAAAAUAGACAAUUUGUGAAUAGGGCAGACUUUAAACUGUGUUCUUAAGGCUAAUUUUUCAUUACAUUUCAUAAGAAAAAUUUGCACUUUAAAAGCACCGUAUAGAUUUUAAUUUGGUUAAUGCUGCCUUUUGUGGAUCAGUGAAAUUGUCAGCCCAGAAUGGCCGUUUGGGCUAGUAUCUGUAUGAAGAAAUUGAAGACAUUUUAACCCUUUUA